CGGAAAUAUGCGGAAGUAAACAUUUGGCGCGACGGCACGACCGUACUGAACAGUGAAGUCAACAAAGAUGGAUUCUAGCCGCACAAUUAAGUCCAGAGUUUGUACUGACUUCAAAAUGCGGGGACUUAUUCUCCGGCCUGAGGCCACCAAGUAUCUGGUGGAGGUCCUGGAGUCUGUCAGUCCCACUGAGCUGGAUGACAUCAUCGAAAGAGUGCUGGAUGCUGUCGAGAAGCAACCAUUGUCUUCUAGCAUGAUCGAGCUAUCGGUGGUGACGAACGCCGUGCAAGACUGCUCUCAAUCCUGUGAUGAAGCCAUGAGUAACGUUUUCAACAUCAUCGGUGCCUUCGAUGUGCCCCGAUACAUUUACAAUGCGGAGCAGAAGAAAUUCGUUCCCAUCGGUAUGACCAACCAUCAAGCUGCGGGCCUGUGCGGCAUCGCAAGAGACAAAGCGGAACUUUUCCGUGAGCGCUACGCAAUCUUAUUGCAGCGCACACGUCGACACGAGCUGUUCACCCCGCCUGUCAUAGGAGCCACCGUCGUGCCCAAUCAAAACAAAUUUCAGCUGAAGACCAUUGAAGCUUUGCUCGGCUCCACGUCCAAACUGGGGGGAGUGAUCGUACUCGGCAUGAUCACGCAGCUAAAAGAGGGGAAAUUCUAUCUGGAGGAUCCAACUGGGACAGUAGAGCUCAAUAUGUCCAAAGCACAGUUUCAUAACGGCCUUUACACCGAAUACAGUUUCGUACUGGCUGAGGGCUGGUACGAGGACUCGGUGUUCCAUGUCAAUGGUUUUGGCACGCCGCCUGUAGAACCUUCAUCAGCUACACGAGCGUACUUCGGCAAUGUGAACUUUUUCGGCGGUCCGUCCACGACGUCGGUGAAGGCGUCGGCCAAGCUAAAGCAGCUGGAGGAGGAGAACGAGGACGCCAUGUUUGUUUUGCUUUCCGACGUGUGGCUGGACAGCGUGGAAGUGAUGGAGAAGCUCAACCUCAUGUUCUCGGGCUACGCUGCGAUGCCUCCCACCUGUUUCAUCUUUUGUGGAAACUUCUCUUCUGUCCCGUAUGGAAAAAAUCACAUCAAGUCACUUAAAGAGUCGCUGAAGGCAUUAGCUGACAGCAUAUGUGCACACCCGAAUAUACUCAACAACAGCCGUUUUGUGUUCGUUCCCGGCCCCGAAGAUCCAGGCCCGGGCACCAUCCUGCCACGACCUCCGCUGGCGGAUCACAUCACCGAGGAGUUCAGACAGAGGGUUCCUUUCUCCGCGUUCACCACCAACCCGUGCAGAAUCCAAUUCUGUAGCCAAGAGAUCAUAAUCAUCCGUGAGGACCUGGUCAACAAAAUGUGCCGAAACUGCGUGAGGUUGCCAAACACCAAUCUGGACAUACCCAACCAUUUUGUCCGGAGCAUCCUGUCGCAGGCUCACCUGGCCCCGCUGCCUCUCUCCGUCUCUCCUGUGUUUUGGGCUUACGACUACACCCUGCGUGUGUACCCCGUCCCCGACGUGGUGGUCUUUGCCGACAAGUACGACCCAUUCAGCGUCACGCACUCCGACUGCCUUUGCGUCAACCCGGGCUCUUUUCCAAGAAGUGGUUUUGCAUUCAAGGUGUACUAUCCAUCCAACAGAACAUUUGAGGACAGCAAACUUCAAGGACUUUGAUGGGAUUACAUAUAUUUUUAAUUGUACAUGAAGUUAUAAAUAUUUGUAUUUUCGUAAUCUUUUAAAUAAUAAAAUGCAGUCUAAGUCA